GCAUGAGCCGAGCGAGCGAGCGCGGCGGCCGCCGACCUCCCUCCCUCCCGCCGGCCGCGCUCGUGGCCCAUUGACAGCGGCGCCUGCAGCUCGCUCCAAGAUGGCCGCUCGGCGCCCGUGCGCUCGCUGCUGAGCGACUCGCAACUUUCAUUGUCUUUUCCGCCGCCGCGAUCGCCGCUCGCCGGCCGCCUUUUCCGGGAUCUUUCAUCAAGCAGAAAUGCAUCGAACAACCAGAAUCAAGAUCACUGAGCUUAAUCCUCACCUAAUGUGUGUACUUUGUGGAGGAUACUUCAUUGAUGCCACAACGAUAAUAGAAUGUCUACAUUCCUUCUGUAAAACAUGUAUCGUGCGUUACCUGGAGACCAGCAAGUAUUGUCCUAUUUGUGAUGUCCAAGUUCACAAAACCAGGCCACUUUUGAAUAUAAGGUCUGAUAAAACUCUUCAAGAUAUUGUAUACAAAUUAGUUCCAGGGCUUUUCAAAAAUGAGAUGAAGAGAAGAAGAGAUUUUUAUGCAGCUCAUCCCUCAGCUGAUGCUGCUAAUGGCUCUAAUGAAGAUAGAGGAGAAGUUGCAGAUGAAGAUAAAAGAAUUAUAACUGAUGAUGAGAUAAUAAGUUUAUCCAUUGAAUUCUUUGACCAAAACAGAUUGGAUCGGAAAGUAAACAAAGACAAAGAGAAAUCUAAGGAGGAGGUGAAUGAUAAAAGAUAUUUGCGAUGUCCAGCAGCAAUGACUGUGAUGCACCUGAGAAAGUUUCUCAGAAGUAAAAUGGAUAUUCCUAAUACUUUCCAGAUUGAUGUUAUGUAUGAAGAGGAACCAUUAAAGGAUUACUAUACACUAAUGGAUAUUGCCUACAUUUAUACCUGGAGAAGGAAUGGUCCUCUUCCUUUGAAAUACAGAGUUCGACCAACUUGUAAACGAAUGAAGAUCAGUCACCAGAGAGAUGGACUGACAAAUGCUGGAGAACUGGAAAGUGACUCUGGGAGUGAGAAGGCCAACAGCCCAGCAGGGGGGAUUCCCUCCACCUCUUCCUGUUUGCCUAGUCCCAGUACUCCAGUGCAGUCUCCUCAUCCACAGUUUCCUCAUAUCUCCAGUACUAUGAAUGGAACCAGCAGCAGUCCCAGCGGUAACCACCAAUCUUCCUUUGCCAACAGACCUCGGAAAUCAUCAGUAAAUGGGUCGUCAGCAACAUCUUCUGGUUGAUCCCUGAGACUCUUGAGGAAACCAUUUUAAACUCCUGAUUUAUAUAGCUAUCUUCAUGCCAUUACAGCUUUAUAGAUGCUAAUACAUGUGACUAUCGUCCAAUUCGCUUUCUUUUGUAGUGACAUUACAUUCGGCUAUAAAAGAUGAACUAAGAUAUGAUAUUCAUGUGGACGUUAAAAUGAAAAAGAAUGUUCUUAUGAAGAGUUGGUUUCUGAGAACACAGACCAGAUUUCUUUUCUGUGUGUUAGAAGAGAUGUGAAAUGGUUUCUGUAAACCAUUGUUUAGAUGGGAAAAUACUCUGCGGUGGAUAUAAACUUUGGGCCAGAGUUUGUUAAUCUCAACUAAUGCCUACAUCAUUACAUUCUCCUUGAUUGUUCUUGUUAUUAUGCUGUUUUGUGAACCUGUAGGAAACAAGUGCUUUUUAUCUUGAAAUUCAACAGAAAGAAUAUGCAUAGAAGAUUGCAUUCUAUGUAGCCAUGUCACUGUGAACAACAAUUUCUUGCAUAUUUAGCCAUUUGAUUCCUGUUUGAUUUUUACUUCUCUGUUGAUACACAAAGCCGAUCAAAGGAAAGUAAACUUCAGUUUUACAGUCUGUAUGCCUAAAAGCGGGUACAACCGUUUAUUUUACUGACUUGUUUAAAUGAUUCACUUUUGUAAGAAUCAGAUGGCAUUAUGCUUGUUGGACAAUGCCAUAUUGGUAUAUGACAUAACAGGAAACAGUAUUGUAUGAUAUAUUUAUAAAUACUAUAAAGAAAAUAUUGUGUUUCAUGCAUUCAGAAAUGGUUGUUAAAAUACUCCCAACUGGUUCGACCUUUGCAGAUACCCAAUGCUUAAGCCUUAUCAGCCUAGGAUAUUUUUCACAUGGUUAAUGAAUUCUAAAUUCUCUUCUACUGGAAGCAAUUGGCAAAUCUUAAUCUGGAUAUUUCUCUAGAAAUACAUGUUUACUUUUUAAGGUAAUUGUUAGAGUAAAGAAGAACUUUUUAACUAAGGGAUUUGAAAUAGUUUCCCAUUGUUUUUGGUGGAAUUAAUGUGUUUUUAAAAUGCAUAUUGAUUGCUGUAAUUCUAAAACCAGUUUUUAAAUAAAACAACAAAUUGCUGGAUGAAGGCAUUUUAUCUAAAGUGACUUUAAUGUGUGAUAUAACAGUUAUUUCAAAUCAUCAGAGAGGCUUUUCCAAUGGUCUGCAAUGGAAAAUGUCCUCUCUAAUGUCUGGAAAUAGAAGCAAUUUAUUAUGAGCUUCUAUGGGUAAUUUUUAAGUAGAGUGAGCAUGUUGACUCUAAUAUAUGAAUAGCCCCAAUAUUUUCAGUUUGUGUUUUGCUUUGGUCGAACUUGGUGUGUGUUCAUCACUCAUCAGUUAUUUAUGAGGGUGUUUAUUCUAUAUGAAUAUUGUUUCAUGUUUGUAUGGGAAAAUCGUAGCUUAACAUUUCAUUGUCCCAGUCCGCAAAAGAAGCACAAUUCUAUUGCUUUGUCUUGCUUAUAGUCAUUAAAUCAUUACUUUUACAUAUAUCACUGUUACUUCUGCUUUCUUUAACAAUACAGUAAAUGACAUUUUAUGAAAACCACAAAAUACAUAUAUUUUUAUUUUGACCUGAAUUUGUACAGUCCCAUUGUAAGUGUUGUUUCUAAUUAUAGAUGUAAAUUUAAAUUUCAUUUGUAAUUGGAAAAAAUCCAAUAAAAAGGAUAUUCAUUUAGAAAAUAGCUAAGACUUUAAUAAAAAUUUGAUAUGAAAAGCACAAUGUGCAGGUGUUUUGGACCCCUACAGUGGAUUAUGACAGGUAAAAGCUAAUGAGAACCCAUUGUUGUCUUAAAUAGUGAUGUUGCUAAGAAAUACAUGCUUUGUUGUAUAAUUGCUUGAAAGCCCAAUGGAAGAUGUAUUUGUUUAUUUACUCUACAAUCUUUGAAGUAAAAGUUUCCCAUGUUUGCCAA